ACUCUAUAAACUGUAAAUGCAUACACACACACACACACACAGUUUAUGGUUCAAAGAGACAAACCACAGAAAGAGAAGCUGCGUUAAAGGAAGUGAAUGGUGAUGCAUAAGAUGCCUUAUCACUGAAUUUUAACUGUUUACAACUUAGCAGCAGGCUGUGUGAACAAGAGUGCCUUGGAUGCAAUGACAGACCAAAUUCCAACUGAUUCUUAUGAUUACGAUGACAACUUCACCCCUGCCUCAAAUGGUAAACCACAGGAACUGUCAGACAAUUCACAAAAGGCCGGCAUCAUGUUGGCCAAUGUGGUCAUCUUUUUGCUUGGGAUUUGUGGGAAUGGGGUGGUCAUUUGGAUCGCAGGUCUCAAGAUGAAGAAGACGGUCAACACCACCUGGUACCUCAGCCUGGCCUUUUCCGACUUCAUAUUCUGUGCCUGUCUCCCUUUAAACAUAAUACACAUAGCAACAAAGGAGUGGAUCUUUGGGCUGUUCAUGUGUAAGUUCACCUCUUUUGUGAUGUUCCUCAACAUGUUCAGCAGCAUCUUCAUCCUAGUUGUCAUCAGCGUUGACCGUUAUUUACUGGUUGUAUUCCCAGUUUGGGCCCAAAACCACCGUUGUUUGAGAAAGGCCUCUGUAGUAGUGGUUGUUGUCUGGGCCAUCUCUGUGGCACUGAGCAUUCCCUCUACAAUAUUUCGGAAGGUCACUGAGAGUAAUGGCAUGCAGGUAUGUUUUAACCAUUACCCAACCCAAAACAGCCACUUAACUUUAGUUGUGAGUAGAUUUGUUUUCAGCUUUGUACUCCCACUCCUCAUCAUCAUCUUCUGCUACUCAUUCAUCAUCAUACGGCUAAGGACCAUCCAGCUGAACAGAUCCUCCAAGCCCAUCCGAGUCAUGACUGCAGUAAUCAUCAUAUUUUUCCUCAGCUGGCUUCCAUACCAUGUCUUUAUUCUUCUUGAUUAUGGAGUCAAGUCUACAUCUUUUAUUAGAGAUGGGAUUAAGAUAUCAGUGACUUUUGCUAGUGCAAACAGUUGCCUGAAUCCAUUCUUGUAUGCAUUUAUGGGCAAAGGUUUUAAGCCUAAAUGCUGGAGCUCAUUUCUCUUUAAGAUCAAAAAUACGUUUGAUGAGGAUGAGGGCUACACAGGGAGUAGAGGAACCACUUUAUCCCUGGCUGAUUCAAAAGUGUCAACAAAUGUAUAAUUGCCCUUUAAACAAAUACUGUAAUUUUAGGAACAUGCCAAAAGAGUAUUUUCCCCAGGACACAACCUGGGAAAAUUUAUGAGAGGAGCAAAGUUGGUUUCUACCGAUGUUAAUACUGCACACAUUGGUCUCAUUUAUGUAAGUUAAAACAAUUCCAUGUUCAAGCAAGGAAUAAAAGAUCAUAUAGUAUAACAUAAUUAUGU